AUGGCGCCUGAUCGAACUGGGAAGAGUGUCUUUCUGGGGAAUAUCCCCUACAACCUCACUGAGGAGCAAGUCAAAGACAUCCUCAGCACGGCCGGUACUGUCACCAAGUUCCGAUUGAUGAUGAAUCCCGAGACUGGCAAACCCAAGGGUUAUGGAUUCGCAGACUUUGCCGACCCAGACUCCGCUGCCUCGGCGGUGCGCAACCUCAACGACCACGAGGUUAUGGGCCGCAAGAUCCGUGUCGACUGGCCUCACAACAACGAGAAGGACUCCAUACCUCCGGACUAUUCGCAGCAGUCCCAGCCGACGAUGAACCAGGAUACCACACAGCAGCAACAGAUUCCCGGCUCAGCGCCAUUGCCACCCCUCCCACCCGGAGUUGAACUGCCACCACAGAUUGACUGCCCGAACGCCAUCUCUCACACCCUCGCAUCCCUCCCCCCCAACCAACUCCUCGAUGUCCUCACCCAGAUGAAGUCCCUCGCUGUUGCAGACCCAGCUCGUGCCACCGAAUUAUUGCGCCAAGCACCUCAGCUCGCCUACGCCAUCUUCCAGGCUCUACUUCUUAUGAACCUGGUCGAAUACCAACUGCUCGGUUCCAUCGUUGAACAGGCGGCCCAACCCCAAGCCCCUCCUCAACAAGCCCAGCAGUUCCAGCCCUACGGUGUUCCGGGUCAGAUUUCUACACCCCCCGUUACCGGAACUCCUUUCGCUCCCCCGCCUGCUCAACCUGCUCCGCAGAUGCACGGUCAGGAAGAGCUUCUCCAACAAGUGCUUAGCAUGCCCCAAGCUACGAUUGAUGCGCUCCCUCCUAUGGAACGGAGUCAAAUCAUGUUGCUCCGCCAGCAGCUUAUGCAAGGCGGUAUGCGGUAG